AUGGUGAAUUUGUUCUUAUCCGAACCCAAGUGGAGCGAUGAUGCUCACAGCAGUAGCAACAUCGAUGAGAUUUUGCCUCUGUUGAACAAAUUAAGCUCUCACAUUCAAUCAUUAGUGACUCAUGGAGCUCGCUCAGAAGCUAGACUCUGGCUUUGUAGUGCCCUUUCUAGUGUCUCGAUAUCCCCAAGAAGGCAACUCAUUAUAUUCACGCGGUUACUGAGAUCAAAACCCAGAAAAACGCAGCUUGUAUCUCAGCUCUUGCAGAUGAUGUUUGAGAAGAGACCGAGGAAACUCGGAUCUGUGUUAGCCAAAAGAAGUUACUUGCUCGAGAAAUUCUUUAAAGGGAAUCCGAAGCGUAUGGUACAGUGGUUCUCUGAAUUUGCUUCUGAUGGUGGUUCUGAUCACAAAAGAGGUGCAAGAGCGUUUGCGCAGUUUGCGUUUGCGAACCGUGAUAUCUGCUGGGAAGAGCUUGAGUGGCGAGGCAAACACGGACAAUCGCCUGCGGUUGUUGCUACGAAGCCUCAUUACCUUCUUGAUCUUGACGUCCAGCGAACCAUUGAGAAUUUCCUCGACAAUGUUCCUGAGUUCUGGUCAUCCAACGAGUUUGCUGAGUCUCUCAAAGACGGCCAGAUUUUAUCUCUUGACAGUAAAUUCUUUCUGGAUCUCUUUACUCGUUUCAUGUAUGAGGAAGAUAUGAAUGAUGUGUGGGAUGCUGUAGAGGAGUUUCUUACGGAGGAGUCUUUCUCUACCUUGACUCAGCAUCUCCUUAUCACUCUUGAAGAACGUGACCUGUGUCAGUUUCUUGAAUUGCUUGGGAAAUAUUUUAAUCCAAGCAUUGAAUCUUGGGAUGGUGGUGAUUCGUCUUGCUGGCUCGGGGUUGUUCUCUCGAGAUAUGGUGAUUCUGUUGAUGAACUGCUGCUACUGAAUUCUGUUAUCAACCAAGGUCGUCAGCUGCUACGGCUUGUACGUGAUGAGGGGGAAAUGUUGAAAGAAACUAUUGGAGAUGUCUGCAGAGGUUUGGAAAAUGGCGGUAGCUUUUCUCUAGUUAUGAGAGAGCUUUCGAAGAUGAAACACAUUGAGGUGAUAAGAAUACUCGGUCUACUUUCUUGGACUAUUCACUUCAGAUUAUCGGAGGAAUGUCAGACGCCAGAUUCAUGGGAGUCUCUAUUUAAAGAAAAUGGAAUUGAGUUCCGUAGGUCUAGUGAACACUCGUUGCUUAGUCAUAACGAAAGCGAAUCUGACUCGGAUAGUAUUAGUAGAAGCCAUGUUUCUAAAAAGAGGCACAAGAGGGAGAAGAAGAAGAGAAAGAAGAAAAGGAAGAGAGAUACUGAUGAUGAUGAUGAUAAUCUCAUUGAUGAUGUGAUUUUAGGUGGGCAUCAAUUAAGUCGAAGCUGGUUGCUAUCUACUGAUGGGUUUUCUGCAACAUGGACCAGUGUGGAUUUACCGGAAUACAUCGCAAGGCAUUGUUUGUCUACAUGGAUGAAAUGGUUGCUAGCUAGACAAAAAUGA